AUGACCACCCAAAAGACGGUGGUGAUUCCAAGAAGUAAAGAGGAACGUGACAAGAUCAAAGAAGGAUUCAUCGAGGAUAACAACGAUGCUAUCGCAUACUUGGAUUUUCCUCUACUAGUACCAUCAGCGGUUGUUACUGUAUUCAGUGUUGUCAUCCUCGUGUGUGCAAUUGUUCUAUCGAUAUGGUUUGAUCAGGAACGACUCAGGAACCACACUCUGACACCGUGGUUGAAUGUUUUCGGAUGGGCUGGAACUGCAUGCAUAAACGCAACAGCAAGCGACAUUCCAAAGCAUUGGAUGCCGUCAGUUUUACGUUUGUUUGAACUGAACGUAUUAGGAAACGUUCUUUUCCGUAUUGUAACGGUAAUACCGAUCGCAAUUCGUUUAUUCAACUCAUUUAUUACGCAAUCAAACAAUACUCUUCAACAAGCAAACGACAAUCCACUGUAUCAUUUUUGUAAUACAGUAACGCCGUAUCUUCUGUUCGCAGAACUAUUCUCAUGUGCUCUGUUCUCGAUCAUAACAAUAAGGCAGGAUUUCCCAGGUAUUUCUGCAUUUUCCUGUGCUCAGUGUCUGUUUUUGUUCAUUGAUAUUAAGAAUGGUGAUUGUUCUCCGAUCGUUCGAUCGCUGGUUUCAUUUCAGAGAAUCGAUCACUUCUCUAGCAUAGUUAAGGCUAUCUCACUGGUCGGUUUUGCCUUCACUGCACCAUACUUCUUAACUCUGCAGCAACAAUUCAUUGACUUUCCAAGCUGUCAUCCAUACGCACAAGAAUCACACUAUUGUCUUUGCAGAUUCGUUUGUUAUCCACGUACAGCGUCCGGUGAAUGUGAACCAGUGAAGCCUUCAAAUUUCGGUAUUGGAGGUCCGUUCGAACACUGUCGAUCAUGGGAGUUGGCUCAAAGGCAAUCCGAGUUCACCUUCAAACCCGUGGAUCGUAGUAAAAUUUCCUAA